UCCGCUGCCACGAGCAUUUUCGUUCUAGCUUGUGACGAGUCGGUCUGGAUUGACGCAGAUAAAAAGCUAACUUAGAAAACACGAGUCUGAAAUAACAUUGGCUUGAACCGACUAAUAAUCAUGUCUGGAUUAAGACAAGCAAGAAUGUUGAGGGUUACGUCAACAGCGUUCCUCGUCACUGUUUUGGUUCUGUCGACAGUGAGCGCGCAAGACACACUCAGCAGCAGUGAGCAACCACCACAGCAAGAAGGAGAUCCAGCAAACAGGAUAUUCGGAUGGCCGCUGCCUGGCAUCACUGCAUCUGUGAAUUUUGGAACAACUGUUACAAGAACAGUACAAGUCCCUUUGUACAUAGUACGUACCAGUACCGUGUGGGGGGGAGGAUCUACUGUGUACUCGUAUCUGCCUGCAAGUACGGUGUAUAUUCCUGCAAGUACAGUGUACCAAGGUCAAAUUCAAACUGUCUUCAGUACACGAACGUCGUACAUACUCAGCACGGUGACAUCAGGCAAUACGGUGGUGGUAUCGCAAUACCUUACAGUCACGACAACAAGGUUUCAGUUUCAGACACUGGUAUCGACGGUGACUUCCUGCGGGUCAUCGCAAGUUGUGUUCGUGACCAGAACUCAGGUCAUCGAGUGCGAGGAUGACACACGCACACGCACGAGGACCAGAACACGAACCAUCACACGCACCUUCACUGACGUCGGUGGCACCAACCCAAUCUUCUAUUCACCAACUCAAACCAUCCCGUCGUCUUACCUGCGCACCGAAGUUUAACAUCGCUGCACUGCCAUCCAAAUACAAUUAGUAAUUUUUCAUAAAUUCUUACUCAUACGACCAUACGACGCUUUUAUCGCCAUCGGCAUCGGACACUAGUUGGGAUAAAGCAGCCGUGGUGAGCCUGUUUGUGCUGCUCCUUGAGUUCACGAAGUAAAGUCGAUGAUGUUUCAAUUUAUCUCUUCGACCCACCCAAACUGGCACCCACACCCUACGUCGAUCGAUAAGGUUUUUCGUCUCUUCAGCUAAAGCUGCUAAAAUUUCAUCAAAAGCUUCAGCAGUAGCUUCCUCAAACUCGCAAUUACUGUCACGUUACAUAUUUUUUACCCGAGCACAAACUUAACUCAAAUGUUUCCAACGACGCAGGGUCGCUAGCGGAUGAGAAAUGCUGUUUAGCUAGUUAUUUUCUCGUGAAUAAGCUUAAUUUAAGACCAGUAAAACUAGAAGGGUGAAUUAUUUGCCGCCAAUACUACCGGCUAAAACUUUCCGUGUGCAAGCACCUUGACCUCACAAGUUAUCUCGACGUUGAUUGCGAUUGAUAACUCCUGGACUUUGGAAAGCUCGUUAUCUUGACUCUCGCUGAUAGUUUCCAACCAUGGCAAUGGCAGGUAAUAAAUACUCAUGCAUUAGUUGGAGAAUGAGAAAAAAACUGUUCAUAUAUAUAUUCAUUCAACAUAGGACUCCCUUUGACGUUUUAGUACAUUAACAAUUGUAUUUUUCAUAUUACGCAAAGGAAAUUUCAAAUACCUCAUUUUUAAUCUAAAUCAAACCUACCCGUUUUGCAAUGUCUCACAAUUCCACCACAAUAACUUGAUUAUAAUUUAUACAUUUAUACUUAUAUACCCAGGUAAAAUAUCCCUUCUGAAUAGGCAUGAAUUGUGGAACUCGUUUGAAUUGGUCCCAUAUAUUUGCUAAAUUUCCAGAAUCUGACCUCAAACAGUCAAACAACCUAACAUUUGAAAAUAAAUUAUUUAUUUGUAAAUCUUUCUUUGUUUUCAUAAUUUAGAGCUUACGAUCAUAAAAUGUAGGACUAGUUAGAGUGCGCAUCCCGUUUACUUACUGCGCACCAACUUACAUUAAUCAACGUGGUUAAAUUUAGAAAUUUUAACUGGGUGUGACCUCGCACGAGUGCGUAUUUUGCUUUUCAGGGUUUUUACUCAUGAUGAAUUAUGGCUCUAUAGUUCGAGUGUGAUUCGAGAUCGAGGAGCGAUUUAGGGCGAUUGUUA